AUGAAGUUCUCCAGUUGCAUCUCAGCUCUGCUGGGAGCAGCGGUUACGGCCACUGCUCUGCCCAGCUCAAGCGUGAGCGUCAGCAGCAAGCAGCCCGCAUCGAAAUAUCCCAUUGGAAAUGGAAAAGGGCCUAAUGCAAAAGUCGCUGGGAGGGUGUUCGACAUCGAUGGUCGAGUUGGAUAUUUCGCUGGCAGCAACGCCUGGUGGCUUGGACAUUUGAGCAAUAACGCGGACGUUGACAUUUCCCUCCAACAAGUAGCUAACACCAAGUACAAAGUCCUCCGGGUAUGGGGCUUCGGCGACGUGAACACCAUCCCUCUUCAGACAAACACCGACCCGAACAAAGUCUACUUCCAAGUCCUCAACUCGACCGGCUCCUAUAUCAACUACGGCGCCGACGGCCUGCAGCGACUCGACUACGUCGUGUCUUCAGCCGAAAAACACGGCGUCAAGCUCGUUCUCAACUUCGUCAACAACUGGGGCGACUUUGGCGGCAUCGCGGCUUACACCACCGCUUUCGGCGCCAACGCGACGCAGUGGUUCACGGACGAGACUUCGCAGCAGGUCUACCGGAACUAUAUCAAAGUGCUCGUGAGCCGAUACAGGAAGUCGUCGGCGAUCUUUGCUUGGGAGCUAGCUAAUGAGCCGCGCUGCCGUGGGUGCGACACGUUGGUUAUUACGAAGUGGGCCACUGAGAUUUCGAAGUACAUCAAGAGUCUGGACUCGGGACACAUGGUGACGCUCGGCGACGAAGGCUGGUUCGCGCCUGCAGACAAGAUUGGAGAUGGUUCGUAUGCGUACGGCGGCGGCGAAGGUGUCGAUUUCCUGGCCAACUUGAAGAUUCCCACCCUUGACUACGGCACAUUCCAUUUGUACCCUGAAAGCUGGGGGUACGAAUACACAUGGGGACCUGAAUGGAUUCUCCAACAUGACGCCGCGGGGAACACCCCCACAUGUGGGACGCCCUAG